AGAUCACCCAUGUUCCUCGCUUCAAUCCUCCCAUUUUGGAUCAUCUUGUACAGCCUGUUCAUUAUGACAAAAAUUUCUCAAAUAAAAAGCACCUAUCAUACAUAAUUAAUCAGACCGCUGGCCAGGCACAUCAAUCAAUCAAUCAGUCAAUCAAUCAGCUGCGCUUGAUUUAACAUCGUAUGCUAUGUGAUACAGCUUCCACAACGUGACUCUUCUUUUCCAGGUGAUUCUUCCAGGACAUACAAAGCUACGCUUUCCUGGUAUUCUAGACUCUUCAUUCUGCAUAGUUGCGAAGUAGAUUCAUAGAAGAUCUCUUGCUUGAGUCUCAGUUUUGUAAGAAGUGUGUUACUAAGAGAACUAUGUUUCGUCGUCCUUGGCGGUACCGACCGCUGCAUUCUUGAGUUGGCUUUGUGACCACCGAAGCUGUACAGUGGUAACGCAAAACAAGCGACAUCGACAAAGAAAAGCUGCCACAGUUUGUCCUUGAGGAAUUUGCUGAUUGUCUUGCCGAGUUACAUUUUAGCGACAGAUGCUUAGCGAGUGACCGUGCUGUGCAGGAGAAGAAGUACGCAAACAGCAAGACGCCUGGAGACCCUUUGGAGUCAAGCUAGAGGUACAACGCGAGGUAUAUUCACGACGCUGUUCAAGGCGUAAAACGGCACAGGCUUACGACAAAGAAGUAGACGACUUCCAGACUGUUUGUGGUCGUACUACCUGGUAGACGCGGACGUGAUAUCAGCAAGAAGGCACAGCAAAGACAAUAUCACGAGCGCCUCAAAGCUCAUUGACUUUUUUACCAACGUUACCUGGUUUCUAAGGGAAGUAGUCGUUGGAGUAUCGUGAAGCCUGUGCGUGACCAGACGAACAGCCGACUACCAUCAUCCUCAGACAAGAUGGGCGACAACCAUGAUGGAUCGCCUUCUGGGAGGUUUGCCUCUCGAAAACAGCAGUUCAAGCAGGGCCUGGACUUGGACGAGGCACGACGGUCUAGAAUCGACGAUGAAGUCCAAAUCAGAAAGGCGGAGAAGGCGAUGCUGCUGGCACAAAAGAGGUCACGCAAUCUAAAGGGGGCAGAAGGAGCAUCAGCACCAGAUAGUACGACAACAGCAGUACAGCCAACAGGGUAUUUGAGCUUUCUGAGAUUUGUUCCUGUUUGAUCUAGAAGUAUAGAAUUGUGCUGAUUUCUUGGUACUAGAAGACGUCUAGAGCAUCUUUCAGUUGUUUUCAGAAGACAUUUGGAUUGAUUCAUGAGUCUUGAGCAAAAUUUUCAAGAAUUUGAAUUUGGAUUAUCCAAGAAUUUUCAGUUAUAUGCCCUUUUUUUGGAAUUCAUUUCCUGAUCGUGAGCUUUUCGGAGACAAUUGAACUGGACAAGCACAUACUAAAUAGGAGAAAUGAAUCACCGUCAAACUUUUUUUCUGCCAACCAAGGUAGCAUGAUGUUUCUAGGUAACAUGAUGUUUCUAGCGAGGAUCUUCGUAGGACAUUGAACAAGGCAACAACCACUCCCUUGGAACCCACAACCAAAUUUUCCUCCAACAAACAAACUUCUUUCUAGUCAAGAGUAACAUGAAGAUGUUCCUAAACAAACACAAGAAACAAACAAACAGUGAAACCGGUGUGGGAGCGAAAUUCUCGAAUUCUGAAGAUCUGCGGACCUUGUUGCCGCAACUAGUGCAGGCGAUUUUCAACGACGGCGACCGCGAGACGCAGCAUGAGGCUGUAGUUUUGGUCAGGAAGCUCUUGUCCAAGGAAGAAAACCCGCCAAUAGAGGAAGUAGUAGAAGCAGCCUUGACGCCGAAGCUAGUUGACUUGAUGAGGACGAGCACCGAUCCAAAGUAUUUACUUCUAUCGUAGCACUGUUUUGCAGCUUCUAUGGAUGCUUUUUGGUUGUGAGAUGUCCUGUUUUUGGUUGUGAGAUGUCAUUUUUACUUCCCGUUGGUGUUGCCUUCACAGUAUUUUAUUGUUCAUCUUCUCAGAGUCGUAAGUACUCUCUGCUCAUUCACUCCUCAAACGAAAACAACACUUAAAUAUAUCACCAGGUUGACGCUCGAAACCGCAUGGGCAGUGACCAAUAUCGCUAGUGGAGAUUCAAAAUUUACGAAGUUCGUCGUGGAUGCGGGUGGAAUUGACGCUUUUCUCUCGAUUCUCCAGUCCAAACAAGCCCUCAGACAGGAAUUAUGCGAGCAGGCAGUUUGGGGAUUAGGUAUAAGAAUAAAUCCACUUCCCUCAGGUCUUUGCUUAGAGUCUGCUAGAUUGCAUCUCGGCCCCCUCAUCUUGGCCCCUUUUACCUUGUAUUUCACGAGAAUACAAGGAACAAGGGGACCAAGAUGCCGAGAAUGAUGGAACGAAGCUGGCCAUAAUUUGUGGCUGGCUGUUUGGUGAAUAGGUAUCAGAAUAGGUAUCGGGAGCUGACUCAUCUGCUUUAGCUACUUUGCAGAUCUUUGUUAGACGCAGAGGUCGAUUUUUGUUGUUGCGGCCGAACGAGGUUGUAGUACAAAGAACAGAAGAUGGCUGUAGUACAGACUCCUGCUCUGCUUCUGAACAGGUAACAUCGCUGGUGACGGCGCUUUAUUGCGGGACCAACUGGUCGAUAAGGGCAUUAUCAAGAUAUUGCAGAAUAUUUGUAGUGGCAUUAUCGAACUGCCCUGGAAGGAGACCGAGAAGGAGAACAAUUUGAAGAACGUGCUCUGGGUCAUGACGAAUUGUUGUCGAGGCAAGCCAGCACCCGAAUUUCAGAAGAUUGAGCCAGCCUUGUCCGUUUUUGCGGAAGUAGUAGGGAGAAAAAUGAAGGACAGCUUGGCAAGCGAGGCGUUAUGGGGAAUAUUUUACGCGAUUCAGAGCAACACGAGACAGGUACUUCUUUGCAUUAUCUACUUCCUGUUGGUUGUAUAUCUACUUCCUGUUGGUUGUAUAUCUACUUCCUGUUGGUUGUAAAAUUCCAGUUCGAAGUAGAGCAGCAAUAACAAUAAAGCUGGCACCAAAAUGGAACCUGCUGCGAUGGACCUCUCUGCACCAGGAGAAGGCCCCUCUCUCUCCGCAAACCCGACCACUGGAGCCGUGGGUGGUGCGCCAGUCCCUCUUUUUGGGGCCUCUGGUGGUGUCCCUGCAGUGUCGAAUAGCGGCGCCCAUUUCGCGCCUUCCUUUCAGGCUCCGGGAACCGGGCCCGGCGUGGUUUCUGACCUGGCAGGCGGUUUCGUUGGUGCCGGCAAAGGUGAGCCCCAAGACGGUGUCUCUGUUGGGACGGUUGGCGCUUCAAUAGGGGAAGACCCAACGGCCAGAACGCUUACUAUGGAGCGGGACGGGCCGCGCGUCGCGCACCAGCAGGGGGAGAGAACCAGAGGACGAGAGACGGCCACAACGAGCAAGGGCCCCCAAGCCGUGGCCGUCGGGCCGCUACCGUCUGGCACGGUUCCGCCCGCGGGAGGGCGAGGCCCUGACAAAGAGCAGGCCAUCCGUGACCGCGCUCCUUGUGGUUAUCGACCAGCCGCGUCAACUACUACAACCACGCAGAACAAUCAGGAUGGAGGUGAUAAGGGCGCGCGGCGUAGACAGGAGGGGCGGCAAAUGCCGCCAAUUGUUCCGCACCGUGAAGCUGGAGCGGAAGGCGGCGAGUACCACUGCGGCGGUGGUGCUCGCGCUGCUGGUCGGCCGGAGAGCGGCGGAGGAAAUACAACAGGGGAAGGCCCAGCGAUCACGGAGCGCCCUGGCUUGUGCUGAGUUGGGCGCCGUGGCCCAAAAGUGCGCCGCGUUUCAACGGCAAGACGAGAAAGCGAAUGCGCGGCCAGCGGUGCGCCAGCACGCCCCUCAGAGCACUACCAGAACGACCAGCGACAGGCCCCACUCUGUUAGCAUCAGCGCGUCUCCCGCAGUCGCUCCCGCUGGGAUGGUGGCGCAUGAGCGAGCUGGGACUGCGAUCCCCCGACUGGUUUCACUCGGCCAGAUCUACGGCGUGGCGUAUUCGGACUCUACGAACCGCGAGCAGAUUUACGGCGGACCAUACAAGCAGGCGACUACGUACUGCCAGCGAAUUUGCGAAGUGCGGGAACUGCGUAAGGCUCAAGGGUCGAAGAGCCCUACCCCCUGGCAGCACUAACCAAGGCGGACUAGAAGGCGCUAAAUCGAUUGCAGAAUCUAAAAGAUGACGCCCGAGCUGCGACCUUGCCGCCCCUGCUGAGCGAACAAGAUGGGCGGGACGGCCAGCCUUGGAGCCAGCCUGGGGGCGCUGGAAAAGGUAAAGCCAAGGGCAAGCCCGGAGAGAAGGACUGGUCGGGAAAGUCUUCCACGAACUGGAACGGCUCUUCGUGGUAUUCUGGCGGAAAGGGCAAAGUAAGGGAGAUCCUCCUACGGCAAGCAGUCGGCCGCUAAGAAGUCGUCCUGGAAAUCCGGACCAUUCGAAAAGCCAGGAGGAGGGGGAUAUAAAAAACCCCCCAACGACUCGGCAGAAUGGUUUGCCAGGCGUAGGCGUCAUUUCUAUGCGUGCUCCUUUUCCCGCUUGGUUCUACCAGUCCCAAGUCAAGUGGCAGAGGUUCCGAAAAGGUCGACCUUGGGAGCUUCCAGCCCUUCGCGGGGUUGUUUGUAUUCUCCUCGCAGUUUUAUCCGUAUGGACCUCGAGUGCCGCGCAUCGGGGUGCGCCCUUUCGUACUGGUAUGAGCGCAGGGCCGCCUUUGUUUUACUAACUCGCAGGGCAAAGCUUCUCAGGAUUUGGCGCGGCCACCAGGGAAGUGGGUGGAUCUGAAGAAGGCAGAAGACAGAGGCAGAGCGUGCGCGCAGGCGAGGACUGGCCUGGGGGGACGCUCGACGGCGACAGAGGCAAAAGGCGGAGGAGGUUCGCCGCUCGAAAAGGGGGGAGGCGGCUGCAAAAGCUGCAGCAGGGCGGGCCAUGAAGAUAGACGGAGAGACGACGCGAAAGCGGGGGCGCAGACUCUCGAGGCGAUAAAUAGGAAGGGCGCCCCGUGCACAAGACGCGCGAAGGCGGGGAGAAGUCGCUGCAAAAGCUGCAGCCCGUGCACGAGUUGCGAGAGAGCUGGAGGGAAUCGCUGAAAACAAAGGCUGCCGCCUUCGCACGGGAAACGCGUGAGCGGGAGGGGGCAGCUGCUGCAAGAGCGGGCGACGAGGCAAAAACGGCCGAGCGCGUUGCCCGGGGCGUAGUUGCAGCAAAACGCGACGCAAGCCCGCCCAUAGUAAGGCGCGGCGUAAGCUUAGCCGUAGCAGGGCGCGACGUAAGCCCAGCCCGAGCAAAGCUCGACGCAGGCCCAGCCCUACUGAGGCGCGACGUAGGCUGGCCUAGCCCUAGCAGGGCGCGGCGUAAGCCCUCCGAGCAAAGCUCGACGCAGGCCCAGCCCUAGCAAGGCGCGACGUCGAUCACAUUUUCGCGCUUCGCUCUUUCUCAAAUUGUAUAUGGGUUGCGCUCUUCUUUUUAAGCGUCUACCAUAAAAGAAGGCGCGCCCCUUGUCCCCUGAAUAAUUAGGCCGUCUUGUUUUCGAGGUACUUCUUAACUUAUCUGGAAAUGCCUAAGAAGUAUAGCAGUUCCGAAGUAGUCAAAUAAAAGCUAAGUGUUCGCAUUUUGGUGCCUUUAAACCCUACGUAAUCAAAUAAAAGUAUUCGAAGUUAAGUGUUCACGGCACCCAGAUACGAACACCUACAAGGUUAUUUCUCUUCUCCACACUCAAAUGACGGACACCACAACCGCUAGAAAUCAUCAACUACAACCACAACCACAACAGGAUGAGAGCCACAUGCGUUUAAACGCUUUGCUGCUUGCCGGACAGCAGGACCGCUCUACUGUCCUCGUAGAGGGCAAUCCUUUAGUGCGGUGUUUAGUGGCGAUUAUUGAGCCAAAGGUUGCCCCAGAGGUGGAAAACGGUCGCUACACGGGUCGCUACAUCUUAGCAGAAGGGAAGGAGGGGAAUUACACGAAAGACAUUCGCAUACCAGCAUUGAAGGCACUUGGGGAAUUGAUCAGUGCGGAACCAAGGUGCUACACUGACGUGAGUAUUUUAUCCGGCAUAGUCCCAGCAGUGCUGAAAAUGCUACGACUCGUAGACCAUGCGCAAGCGAGGAAAGAAGGGUAAUUAUAUACUUGGAGAUUUACAGUAAAGGGUAAUAUACUUGGAGAUUUACAGUAAGGGAUAAUAUAGUACUGCCGGAUAAAGAAGAUGUAAAUUUACAGUAAAGAAGGGCAAUAUACUGCUGGAUAAGCACUCGGAUUUAGAAGUAUUUCUCUUUGAAGUUGUGAAGGUAUUCGUUUUCAUAUUGUCGUGACGUAAAAGUCUAGUUCAGCUCUCUUCAUCCUCAAAUCUGCGAAUUGAACAACGAACUACAGGUGUUGGCUUGUGUCAAAUCUUUUGGCAGCCUUGCAGGACCAAGUUUUAGCAGCUAUUAUGCCUUACGAUUUAUCGGCGAAGAGCAAUUUGAACGAUCUAGUCCCACCGCAAGAUAGUCCAAGCGAACCGCUGCCGCCGCCAACAGCAGACGUACUUAUUUUGUUUUUUCUUGGAAUUUUUUUUUGUUUUUUGGUGGCUAUUCUUGAUGUACAAGGUGUUAGUGCUAGUAGUGGUUGUACCCAUCAUGUUUACACUUCUCUAGUUCCUUUCUCAAAUAAGAGGACAGGGGGAAGGUUUCUUUGUGAUGUUAUUGUGAGUGACGGUGCUGCAAUUUUUGCGGGUCUACCGUCGUGAUUUGCGACUGCAAUUUUCAUUGAAGAAGAUGCAAGUUUUGCGUUCCCCUCGUGCUAAUUCGUGAUAAGAUGUCGUUAUCGUUAAGAUAAGUGAAGUUGGAACAACGCUGAUGCACAGGCCACGUCAGGAAAUGAAUUCGAUUAAAAGUACAUAAAACUCAAAAUUCUUGGAUAUGACCAUUUCAGGUCUCCAUUUGAGUGCCAAAUUCGAAUUUGAAAUGGUCAUAUCCAAGAAUUUUCAGUUUUAUGUGCUUUAAAUCGAAUUCAUUUCCUGACGUGGCCUGUGCAUCAGCAUUGUUGAGCAUGGCACUUCUUAUCAUUCAAAGUUUUAGAUUGGUGACCAAAACUUACAUUGUUGACCAAAUAGAGACGCAGUCGAUGGAUAGUAGUUAUCUCUGGGGGAGACGAUUCUUAAGCAAGGAAUCAUAGGAGUGUGAUCGUUUUGAGGAUGGAAACAAGUAUUGCUUCCCCUCCCGUGAAGGGCAUCCGCACUCAAAUGAUGCGGCAUACUCCUGUCAACUAGGGUAGCGAACGUUGUGACUCACCACGUCACUUUCUUCAAGAUUAUACUAGUCCUGCAGGUCACACUGCAACUCCUAACUCCUUUCUCUCACGUAUACUAUCUGCGCGAGCAAGCUAGCAUUACCACUUAUUUAUCCUCGUGAUUACUAGUAUUAUAUUUAGUACCUCCAAUCCAUGCGCCUCCUUGUUUGUAUCAACCUACAACAAUCCAUGCUAAGAACCCUACGAGUUAGACUGAGAUCAUACUAGCAUUAUCAAUUUACAAUCCAUCUUCAACCUCCAAUAGACCACUGAGAUCAUACUAGCAUUAUCAAUUUACAAUCCAUCUUCAACCUCCAAUAGACUGAGAUCACACUAGCAUUACAAUUACUAUCGCGACAUAAAAAACUGCACCACCUCGCGGUAGGCACAUUCAUUCAUUCAUUCAAUCCAUCUUCAACCUCCAUCUUCAACCUCCAUCUUCAACCUCCAUCUUCAACCUCCAAUCUACACAGUUCCAGACGAUGUUCGACGUGAUGUUCGAGCUGUCGCAGCAACUGCAGCACAAUGAAAGUUGGAACAAGAUGAAGUAUGAUAGCGUGAAGGAACUGGUCUAUUGCUAUACCAAUUACUUUGCGACGAAUGAGAUUGGCUCCAUCAAAGCGCAUUUGGAGCAAUACUCAGGAGCAGUGUUAUGGAAAGUUGUAUUUGUAGUUGAUCUUUGUUUGAGAGGAUGUAAAGAUCUUUGAGUAAGUAUAUUCGUAGUUGAUCUUUGUUUGAGAGGAUGUAAAGAUCUUUGAGCAAGUGUUGAUUUGUAGUUGGAAACAUAUUUGUAGUUGAUCUUUGUUUGAGAGGAUGUAAAGAUCUUUGUGAACUAGUAUAAGAAUAUAAGGUGACUAGUGAGGAUACCUAUUUAUCAAGAAGUUGUACUGGAAGAAAAAGUCUAACUAAGGAGAAACUUCCCCACCGAUUAUUAGAACUUUUAGUAGAAAAGGUCUAGUAGAAACCCUCCUUCCUCCUCCUAUUUGUCACAUAGUUAGUGGGUGGAACAGUCCACAUUUACGGCUCCACAUUCUUAGGCUUAUCUUCCCAUGCAACAAUCUAAACUUCUACUCUCUUUUCCUUCCCAACACCAUAAAUCUCUUCUGAAGGACAGCAACCUUGAACUCGCAUUAGAGAUCUCUAAUUUGACCGACUUCCGGUACUGACGAGGUGUUGCCUUUGCGCAAUGUUUUCAAGCUCGUCGGCGAGUAUUGUUGGCCGUAUUAUGACGCGGAAACCGGUUACGGCAAAGUCCCGGACGCCUUCGUGCACCACUGCACUUUUUUCCUGAACCUAUUCCAGUCGCGCCAGUGGGAACCCACGCUGUUGACCAACAUGGUGGACGCCGCGCAGAAGCUGCUCAAUGCAUCCUCCAACCCGAACGCGGAAGCACUCAGGAGAGAGUGCAUGACGUUAAGGGUUGAAACAUGACGUCAUUUCGAGAAGUCAUUUUUUUCACUGUUUCCACCUUGAGAAAGUGAGAAAAUGAAGGCAACAAAUGAAUUGUCUCAACCUGCUCUAAUGACGUGCGGUUUUGCGGAGCGGAUUGACGACGUGAUCACCCGGCUGCAGCAGAACAGAAAGUCCAGCGACGCAUUGUUAGAGAAACUAGUACAAUUCAAGAACCUGUACUUCCCAGACGACGACCUAGACGACGACCACUUCCUCAGCGAAGGAGGAGGGCUCUUAAGCGAGCAAUCCUUCGGUCAGGGGAUGGAGAAAGUGCAGAACUUUGACUUCAGUUGA